AUAAAAUACUUAACUUUAGAUAUCAAGCAAACACUUGACAACAACGAUAAGACUCUUGAAGUUAUCACUGAAUUUGAUCCGACAUUUCAAAUAAAAAACAUUUGAUUAAACAAUGCUUUCACAUAUUGUAUUACGACGUGGCUUACUGUCCACCCGACUGAUAGCCGCCCGAUGGCCCACCAGCUCAUCAGCGAUGGCUACCGUAUCGAGUGAUGACUACUCGGAGAAGAAGAAGGAAAUGAACCGACCAUUGAGUCCAUGGAUUCAAUACAAGUGGCAAAUGACUAAUACAUUAUCUAUUACUCACCGCAUCACUGGUAUGGGUUUGGCUGUAUUGGUAUACGGAGGUGGCAUCGGGUCAUUGUUCACCAGUCAAACAAAUUUCCCACAAAUAUUGCAAUGGUUUUCGGCAAAUACUCCGCCGUCUCUUCUUUUAACACUUAAAGUGUUGAUCGGUACAUCUUUAGCUUAUCACACAUUCAAUGGUCUGAGACAUUUGGGAUGGGAUUAUGGUUUCGGCUUUGAUUUGAAGCAAUUAUAUACCACUGGUUACGCUGUUAUCGGUUUAACAUUAUUGACGGCAAUCGCUAUUGUUUUGGCUAAUCAAUAGUCAAUAGAGAUUUUAAUGUUAUUUAAAAUGCGAUUAAUUGUGUAGAAAAUUAAUGUAUAUUUAGUCACUAAAAGUAUUGAA